AUGGCUUCUCAUCUUGCCAGCAUCUAUGGCACUGAGCAGGACAAGGUCAAUUGCUCGUUCUACUACAAGAUCGGAGCAUGCCGCCAUGGCGACCGCUGCUCACGCAAGCACACGAAGCCUGCCUUCUCCCAGACAAUUAUGGUCGCCAACGUCUAUUCCAAUCCGCGCUACUCCAAGCCCGACGCCAAUCUCAGCGACGACGAGAUCCAAGACGACUUUGACGACUUCUACGAGGACUUCUUCUGCCAGCUCGCAGAGUACGGUCAGCUUGUUGAGAUGCACGUCUGCGACAAUGUAGGUGACCACCUGAUCGGCAACGUGUAUGCGCGCUAUGAGUGGGAGGACGAGGCUCAAAGGGCAGUGGAUGCGCUCAACAAUAAGUGGUACAACGCAAGGCCGCUCUUUGCAGAGCUGAGCCCUGUAACCGACUUCAGAGAGGCGUGCUGCAGGCAGAAUGAGACAAAAGAGUGCAAUCGAGGAGGACACUGCAACUUUAUGCACAUCAUCAGAGCGAGCGGCUCUCUCGUCAGGCAGCUGAACCACGAGCUGGCAGUGGAGCUGCGCAUGAAGAAGGAAAAGGGUGGUGGCAAGAAGGGAUGGAAAGAGGAGUUGGCGGAAGAGAAUGGCGGCAGCGAUGAUGGGCCCAGCUGGAAGAAGGGCAAGAGUAGCGGAAACUGGAGGAGCGGACCCCGAGGCGAGGAUGGGGACGCGACGAACGAGGAGCCUCGCGAC